AUGUGUCAACAUGUUUUGUAUUAUCAGGCCGAUGAGCUUGAGAAACAAGUAAAGUCCAAGAAAUUGGCCGAGAAGGAGAGAAAGAGAAUGGUUCAAGAAAUUGGAUUAUCAGAUACAGAAUCCGAAGCUCGAGCAUUGCUGAAAUGGAAAGCUAGUCUCAAAAACCAAACAUUAAAUUCAUGGAUACUCAACCCCAACAACAAGACUAGCCACCGCGGCUGGAUCGGUAUUGAUUGCAAUGAUCAAGCAAGAGUAACCGGUGUAAGCCUUGUACGUUUUAAUUUGAAUGGCACUCUUGAUCAGUUCGACUUCCCAUCAUUACCAUGUUUAGCCACCCUCGAUCUCAGCUUUAACCAUCUGGAUGGAACCAUCCCUGCAACUAUUGGUACACUUUCGAACCUCACUGACUUGGCUUUGCUUCGUAAUGGAUUCUCCACUCCAAUCCCCAAUUCCCUGGAUGCUCCGAAACAUUUCAAUCCUCAGUCUUUCAACAUGUGGUCUGAAUUCAAGUAUUCCUCCUCAAAUUGGAUAUAUGAAGAACCUGUUUUCAUUGGAUCUCUCAGAGAACCAUCUCACCGACUUUCUGGCUCAUUACCAAGCUCUAUAUCUGGCCUUCCCCUGGUAACCUUAUUCACUGAUGACAACAACUUUUCUGGUGCAAUUCCUGCGGAUUUUGGGCAGUCCAAUCAAUUGGAGGACAUCAAUUUCUCAAGUAACAGUUUCUAUGGUGCUCUACCUUCCCGAGUAUGUGACAACAACAAGUUGAUGUAUUUCGAUGCCAGUUACUACAGUUUCAUGGGCCUUUUGCCAGAAAGCUUGCGGAAUUGCACGAGCUUGAUUUGGCUUUCAUUAAAUAAAAACUAUCUUGAUGGAAACAUUUCCGAGGAUCUUGGCAACUAUCCUGAUUUAUCAGGGUUGUACAUAUCAGAAAACCAAUUCUUCGGCUUCAUCCCACAAAAUAUUGGCAAAACGAUGCCAAAUUUGACCUUCUUAUCGGUUGGCAAUAACCAUAUCACAGGACCCAUCCCAUCCACCUUGAUGAGUCUCCAAUAUCUCAAUGCUUCCUAUAAUCAUAUCACAGGCAACAUUCCCUCUUCCAUGCCAAAUAUGAUGCGCUUGUCGCUUUCCAAUAAUCUUAUAACGGGGUCCACAUCCGCUUCUGUUGGUAACAUGAGUGAGCUAGCGAUUUUCAACCUUUCAGAGAAUAACUUAACUGGUACCAUGCCCUCUUUACCACCCACUUUAAAUUACUUUAUGAUUUCUAAUAACCACAUCAUGGGAAACAUCCCCAAUUCUAUAGGAUACUUAAGUAAUGUGUAUAUUCUUGAUGUUUAUGGUAAUGGGUUGAGUGGUAUCAUCCCUCCUAGUUCGGGGAAUUGUUCAUUGCUCGAAGUUCUUGACUUGAGCAACAAUAAUCUACUCGAAAACAUACCAUGGUCUCUAGGGAAUUUGGAGAACCUUCUCACAUUCCGUCUGAAUGACAACAAGCUCUCUGGUGAGAUUCCUUCAUCUUUGAAGAACUGUUCCAAUUUAGAAAUCAUUGAUUUUGGUGAAAACCAAUUAUCAGGAGACAUCCCUCCUUGGAUUGGAGAAAGCCUUUCGUAA